AUGCCCGAGACCAAGGCACGUCCGGCCCGUGCCAACAGCUUCCACCGCAUGCUGGAGCUCGAGAAGCAGUACAUGCUUGAGCGACUUCAGACGAGCAAGCCACCGCUCGACCCGCAGCCCCCGGCCAGCCAUGUCUCCCCGGCCCGCUCCAGCAUCCAAGCUCGCCGCGCCGAGGUGCGCCCGCCGCCGACGUCUGAGACUCGACGGGGACCUCGCCCCUUGGUUAUCAACACGGCUGCCCCCAAGAAAACCGUGCCCACGCCCCGCGAGCCCGUCGUCGACGUCGUCCCUGCAGCUGUCGCCCCUCCCGUCGUCUCUCCCGUCGACAAGCCCAGCCCCAAGGUCGUCGCCUUUGCGUUCCCCCCCAAGGAGAUGGCCAAGGACGCGCCCAAGGAUACGGACCGCCAGUCCAUCUGCGUCUCUCCCAGCUGGGAGUCGCAGAGCCGCCGCCGUGAGGAAAAGAAGAUGAUGGAGAAGAAGAAGCGCGAGGAAAAGGACCGCGAAAAGGAGGAGGCCAAGACGGCCCGCGCCCGGAGGAGCCGGCUUAGCAAGCUGCCGCCGCUGGGCCAUCGCGAGUCCAAGCUGCCGCCCCCGAACCUGGUCGCGACCAAGGAGCCCCUGUCGCUACCCUCGUCCAAGAGCGCGUCGACACUACCGUCGCUGACCUCGCCGAUCCCCUCGUUGAUCCCCGUGUCGAGACCCCAGGAGCCGGACCGCGGACGUAAGGAGCACCGCAACUCGUUUAUCGGCAAGGACGAGCAGCCCAAGAAGACGCGCAGCCGCUCCAGUUCGUUCGCCUCCCUCUUCCGUGCUCCGUUUGAGCGGCGCCGCUCCUCAGUCGACCACACGUCAGAGCCCGAGUUCAUCGGCGGCAUCAAGCUCGAGCUGGAACGCCACCUGGACGGCGAGCGGGCGGCCAUGGUGCAGGCAGGGGCCGAGGAGGGUGACAUCCACCCGGCCCUGCGCGAGAAGCCCGCCCUCAAGUCGCCGCCGCCCGAGGGCAAGGACCCGAGCCGACGACACUACCCGCCCAUCACGCGCCACGGCAAGGCGCAAAAUGCCCGAGCCCUCGUCUCGCCCACCGCCCCGGCCGUGCCCGACGUGCCAAAGGCCGACAAGUGGAGGUUCCGCAUGGGACUCAGGUCCAAGUCCGACCAAGCCUCGACCGCGGUGCAGGAGAGCAAAGACGCAAGACCCAUUACCCCGGCGUCGCAAACCGCCGCCAAGCCAGUCGUGGUGUCGAUACCCGCCGUUCGCCGACUGGAGGAACAAGACUUCAGUAACACUGAUUCCGUCCCCAGCGUCGAGUCGCAUGGGUACCGGACGGCACCGUCGUCCCCCGCGCCUCCUCAACGCAGCCCGAGGCGGUCGCAGCAGAGCUUCUCGUCUGACGGCGAGGGGAAGCCGCCCAAGACGCCAGUCGCAGAGGUCAAGGCCGAGACUCUCUCGACGCUGUCCGUGACACCCAAAGCCAGCGAGCUGUCGCGGCCGGCACCGGACUUGUUGCAGGCCGCGGAGCCGUCAUCAGAACCGGCCCUCGACAAUCAGACGGCGAAGAGGCCAAGCUCGUCGGAGGACUCGUGCUCAGAGGAGUACCACUCGCCGUCGCCGCCUAGCACGCCGGCUACCUCGCGGCCGCAGUCAGAAAGGGGGUUGUCGGCCGACAGGAGCAAGGCACCUGCACAAGGAUCAAACACCGCUACCGAUGAGGACAUUUACGAGAUCCAGGCCGCCGCGGAUAGGGUGCUAGCCGACUUCAACAAGGCGUCGCCCGAUCGCCCCUCGUUUGAGAAGCAGCGCAGCAGCUCGGAGACGAUGGCUGGACCGAAGCCGCAGGCCGCGCGAUCCAGGGAGAGAAGCUCAGUCCCCCCGUCCAACCGGUUGUCGGUCCCCGCACGGAAAGCCAUCGCGGCCCGAGAGCACUCGCAGUCUCCCCGACCCGCUGCGGCGUCCUACCUUCAGGAGGCGCGCAAGCUCGCACCCAUCGCCCCGCCGACGCGGCCGGGGAAGCAGCGCCUCGGACCGCCCGCAUCCUUUAUCCUCCCCGGAGACCUGCCGACGCCGUCGGUACGCUCCGAGGCGUCGCGAUCGUGCGAGACGGUGCUGACGACGACGACGCGGUCUCUGGCGCGGCACUCGACAGCGAGCCUGCUCCCCGGCCUGGACCGGGAGCCGGUGGCCAAGUUCUUUGUCGAGUGCUGCGGCUGCAAGUACUACCACGACAUGCCGAGCAACCUCUAUGAGGCCAUGGCGGACCCCGGGGCGAUGCUGGCGCAGCGCGACACGAUGGGGUACGCGGGUUCCAUCUCCGUGCAGGUCAAGUGCCCGUGGUGCCGGCACGAGAUGAGCACCAAGUGCUGCGCGGGGCUGGCGGCCAUGGUGUACGUGACGGAGCGGCUGCACUAG